AUGUGGCUCUUCGCUCUGGUCCUGGUCUCCCUGACCACUUCCACAGCUUGGGCAGGGCUCCCAUCCUCACAGCCUGUUGUGGACACUGUGCAGGGCAAGGUCCUGGGGAAGUACGUCAGCUUAGAAGGAUUUGCACAGCCCGUGGCCGUUUUCCUGGGCAUCCCUUUUGCCAAGCCCCCUCUUGGACCCCUGAGGUUUGCUCCGCUGCAGCCUGCAGAACCAUGGCACUUCGUGAAGAACACCACCUCCUACCCUCCUGUGUGCUCCCAGGACCCAGUGGCGGGGCAGAUGCUCUCAGACCUCUUUACCAACAGAAAGGAGAACAUUACCCUCAAGUUUUCUGAAGACUGUCUGUACCUAAACAUUUACACUCCUGCUGACUUGACGAAGAAAAGCAGGCUGCUGGUGAUGGUGUGGCUCCAUGGAGGUGGUCUGGUGUUAGGCGGAGCAUCAACCUAUGAUGGGCUGCCCCUCUCUGCCCAUGAAAACGUGGUGGUGGUGACCAUUCAGUACCGCCUGGGCAUCUGGGGAUUCCUCAGCACAGGGGACGAACACAGCCAGGGAAACUGGGGUUACUUGGACCAGGUGGCCGCACUGCACUGGGUCCAGGAGAACAUUGCCAACUUUGGAGGAGACUCAGGCUCUGUGACCAUCUUUGGAGAGUCAGCAGGAGGUGAAAGUGUCUCUGUUCUUGUGUUAUCUCCACUGGCCAAGAACCUCUUCCAUCGGGCCAUCUCUGAAAGUGGAGUGGCUGUCACUUCUGUCAUGGUCAAGAAGGACUUAAAGCCCGCAGCUCAGCAAUUUGCCAUCUUUGCUGGGUGUAAAACCACCACCUCUGCUGUCCUUGUUCACUGCCUGCGCCAGAAGACAGAGGACGAGCUCCUGGAGACGUCACAGAAGGUGGUAGGUAUAUCCGUUCUCGUGGCCACACAAGCCUCUCUCUCGUAA